CUCUGCAGAAGAAAGCAACACAAGCAGGUUGCCACAAGUUAUGUUCCGUAGGAACCCAUAAAGAGUAGCUUCGACGUCGAAGAAACCUUCUUCCUUCAGAUCUCACGCCAUGGCGGUCCUCAUAUCCUCCGUUGCCUCCAAAGCCUUGGCGCUCUACACUCCGGGGAUUUCUCGGCAUCGAAGGAGCACAGUUUCAUUUGCAUCGGCUCAUCGCCCGCGGAUCCUUGCCAUGAACUUCUGGGGCGCCAACCAUAACCUGCCGAUCAGGAGAGCAACACAAAUCCCUGCAGCUGUUCCAGGCCCAGAAAGUUUGCCAAGAGUAAAUCUCCCUAUGUCCAACAUGCCUUCAUGGAUGACCUUGGUCGUCGGUGCAGUCCUUGUUGCGAUACCUAUUUACAGAAAGAUAAGAGCAUUGGAAGAUAAGGUGGAGAAGACGGCAGAGGUGGCGGUCGAGGUAAUGGACACGGUGGCCGAAGCUGCCGAGAAAGUCGCCGGCGAGGUGGCCGAGGCGUUCCCCGAAAAUGAAGGCCUCAAGGAGGCAGCGUCCAGGAUCAAGACCGUCGCCGAUGCGAUCGAGGAGGAUGCCGAGUUAGCCGAGGCCCUAAUCCAUAAGGUUGAUGAGUUAACGAAAGAGGUGGAUUCCGUGGUCGGUCCUAUCAUCGACGUGGUCAUGAAGGAGAGUGGAGAAAGAGGAGUCGUAGAUGAAGAACCCAAGAGUAAAGAAUCGGACAACAUAUAAGAAAACAUGUCUUACCGGCAAACAAAUAUAACUAGUCGUCAACCGUGCAUCCGCAUGGGUGUAUAUAACUAUAUAUACAAUGUCGAUAAAUAACCAGUAACAGCUCAAGUUCAUCAUUAUCA